AUCCGCGUGAAGCGUCAAUACUACGGGAUGUACGGAAUGUAUCCAUAUGGAAUGGGAAUGUACAAUCCUUACACAUUCAACUAUCCCCUAUAUGGUUAUGCAUAUCGUGGUCUUGGCGGUUAUGGAUUGUACGGUUUGAAUGGCUUGUAUGGUAUGGGAGGUUUAGGUGGCCUGGGCCUUGGCUAUGGAUUGUAUGGAAAGUAG